AUGAGACUCCCACAAUCCCUUCUGUUGCUGGCUGUAGCUGGGUCGACCGCCCAAGCUAGUGAGAAGCUUGCACGUCCCCGAGGCGUAGGACCAGAAUUCUCCAAAUUCUACCAGGAUCCCACCACCUUCACAUGCAUCUCGAAUCCCUCUAUCAAAAUCCCUUCAUCGGCCGUGAAUGAUGACUUCUGCGACUGUCCCGAUGGAAGUGACGAGCCCGGUACGGCUGCUUGUGCCCAUAUAUCCCGCAAUUCACCUUUGACGGUGGCGGAUCGUCCGGGGAACAGCGAUUUGGAUACUGCACUCGGCCUUCCGGGGUUCUACUGUAAGAACAAGGGCCACCGCCCAUCGUACGUCCCAUUCCAGCGGAUCAACGACGGAGUUUGUGACUACGAAUUGUGCUGUGAUGGCAGUGACGAGUGGGCUCGUGUUGGAGGUACCAAGUGCGAGGACCGUUGCAAAGAGAUUGGCAAGCAAUGGCGCAAGCAAGAGGAGAAAAACCAAAAGUCGAUGACCGCCGCCCUACGGAAGAAGAAGGAUCUCCUCGUCGACGCUGGUCGCCAGCAGAAAGAGAUUGAGGUCCAUAUUGCUGAGUUGGAGGCUGAGAUCCAAGGUGCCGAGGUCAAAGAACAAGGCCUCCAGGCUGAUCUGCAGCUCGCCCAGGAGCAAGAUCGGAAGGUCGUCCGCACUGGUAAGGGCAAAGGCAAAGUGAGUGCCCUUACCAGUCUGGCGAAGGGUCGUGUGGAGGAGCUGCGCAACGCAUUGGUGGAUGUACGCCGUCAGCGUGACGAGACCCGUGACCGUGUCAAGGAGCUCGAGGAUAUCCUGGCCAAGGUCAAGGUUGAAUAUAACCCCAAUUUCAAUGAUGAAGGUGUCAAGCGGGCGGUCCGCAGCUACGAGGACUACGCUGCUCGUGAUCAAGGCACUGAGGAUUUGAACGGCGAUGUCAACCGAGAUUUGGAUGAAAUUACCAAAGUCGAUGGGACUGACAGCGGAGUCAACUGGGAGCACUGGGAAAAUGAGGAUGAUAGCUGCCCGGACUCUGAUAUAGUAUACAAGUUGGCCGCUUACCUCCCACCAUCGCUUGUCAGCUUCAUUGAAGGAAAGGUCAUUUCCCUUAAGAGCUACCUUCAGGAGAACGGUAUCUUGCCUAAGCCUACCGAGGAAUCCUCCUCGGAAUCCAAGGCAGUCACCCAAGCACGCGAUGCUCUCCAAGAAGCCCAGGACUCCCUCACCAGUCUGAAGAACAAGCUGCGGGAUCAACGUGCCGACCUUGAGCAAGAGUACGGAACUGCCUCUAUCUUCCGCGCUCUGAAGGGAGUUUGCAUCUCCCAAGAUGCAGGUGAAUAUACAUAUGAGCAUUGCUUCCUUGAGUCAACAAAGCAAAAUCAAAGAAAGGGAGGCAGCUCGGUGUCCAUGGGCAAAUUCUCGAAGGUUGGAACCACGACCGUCGAAGAGGUCAAUGAGGCUGGUGAGGUUAUCAACGUUGAGAAGACUGUGAUCGAAUACACUCGCGGCCAGUCAUGCUGGAACGGGCCUAACCGGUCGACCAAGGUCAUUCUUGAGUGUGGUGAGGAGAACCAAAUUCUGAAGACCGCGGAAGAAGAGAAGUGUGUGUACGCUAUGCUAGUCACUUCGCCGGCUGUGUGUGCAGGUGGUGAGGAGGCUGACAAUUCCGCACCUCGGUCGAAAGACGAGCUGUAA